AUGACAGGGUUCGGUUCUCCAUGUGGAGCUUGCAAAUUUUUGAGAAGAAAAUGUGUAAGGGGUUGUGUUUUUGCUCCUUACUUUAGUCAUGAACAAGGAGCUACACAUUUCGCUGCAAUUCACAAAGUUUUCGGCGCAAGCAAUGUUUCCAAGCUUCUCUCUCAUCUUCCGCUGGGUGACCGCUGUGAAGCUGCAGUUACUAUUUCAUAUGAAGCUCAAGCUAGAAUCCAAGAUCCUGUAUAUGGAUGUGUUUCUCACAUCUUUGCCCUCCAACAACAGGUUGUGAGCUUGCAACAACAAAUAACGACACUUAGAGCACAACAAGCAGCUCAAGGUUUCAUUAAUGGAGGAAACAUUACUACUUCAACAAAUGAUCAUAUUCAUCCACACGACAAUCACAACAAAUUGUUCUACGGAGAUUUUCCACCUACAUAUCCACAAGAUAUCGAAGCUUUAUAUAUGCAGUUAAACGAGUCGAAGAUAUUAUCAGAACAGUUACAUCAAAACAAUACUUCCAUGAAUGAUAGUAAUAGUACUGCUACCACUGAUGAUGAAAACAUUUUAUAUUAUGAAAAUGGAGUAGUGAAUAUGGAAAAUUCACUACCUGAAUCUUUUACACCACCUGAAGAAACUGUUCAUCAGUUUAUGACUAGUGCAAGUUUUGAUGAGCAAUACUCAUCCGAUGAACAUCAUCAACAAGCAGCAAUGGCUUCUCAAUAUCUUGAUGACAUGCAAAUAAAUGCUAGGAAGUGGACAUUCCAAGACACUAAUCAAGUGGACCUUCAAUCGAUGGCUUUUGCUUAUUUCCAACACUCAUAA